AAUGAGUUCCAAAUCUCAACAAUUCAACAUUUCAAUAGAAUGAUAUUCUUACUAAUUUUUAAAAUCAAUUUGUUCAAAACUCAUGAAAUUGAUGAAUAUUUUUGCUGAAAUUUUAUUCAACUGAGGAAAAUGAAGGCUGCAGCUGCAGCUGACAGCAAAAAUCAUAUGUUUUGAAAUGCUUCCUGCCACGUUAUGGCUGCCAAUAUGAUUACGGUUGUUUAUCGAAUGAUUGAAUUAAACUUAAAUUUCCAGAAUUACAAUUAAGUUCUUGUAAAGUGCUCAAAAUCGUGUGUUUUCUAGUUUAUUCAUCUUAAAAUGGGCUCACAAACAUUAGAACGUAUAAUUUUAGGAUUACUUUUUAUAACACAUCUAGCCUUCGGUGUAGAACUAACCUUCGAAUUGCUUGACAACGCCAAAGACUGCUUUUAUGAGGAUAUAAAAAUUAACACGUCAGUUACUGUUGAAUAUCAGGUUGUAACAGGUGGAGCUUAUGAUGUAGACGUAACAAUAGAGAAUCCAAAAAGCGAGAUAAUUUACAGGAAUACCAAGUCACAAUUCGACAGCCAUACUUUCAUAGCCGAUUACAGUGGAGUGUUUGCUGUUUGCUUCAGCAAUGAAUUCUCAACGUUCUCCCAUAAGUUAGUUUACAUGGACUUCCAGGUUGGAGACGAACAGCCUCUGCAAGGGCUUGGAGAACAUGUAUCUGUUAUGACUCAGAUGGAGUCGUCAGCUGAGUUGAUUCAUAAAUCGCUGAACAGCAUCAACGAUCAUCAAACUCACCAUCGGCUGAGGGAGACGCAGGGCAGGAAGAGAGCCGAAGAUCUCAACGAGAGAGUGUUCUAUUGGUCGCUGGCUGAAACACUCACAAUUCUAUCAGUCACCAUCGGACAAGUUCUCGUGCUCAAGAAUUUCUUCUCAGAAAAGAGGCCGGCACAAUACAGUAGAUUGUAGUAGAAAAUUGUAAAAUACAAUGUUUGUUCGGCCAAAACUUGGAAUUCUAAAUCAUCGAUUACUAUUGAGAAAGCUUCGUGACCUUGACUCAUAAUGCAACGAUGGCCGGACAAACAUUGUAUGAAUUGCGAUGAAACAAUUGGUGAAAAUGUGCAAGGAGAGUGCUUGUGAAGAACAAUCAUUAGCCUAUUGUGGACAUUAGUGUGUGUGUGUGAAUUGUUCUCAAAUUAAGUUUGUAUGAUCACUAGUUUAGUUUGUGUGAUUGACUUGAUGUUAUUGUGCUGCUAUACAACUUUCGAACUUCAUAAAUUAACUGGAUUAUGCUUUAAAUUUAGUAGAAUGUGUUAUAUUGUUUCUCAAUGACUCAUAUUGCAACUGAAUCUUCAUUUGCAAAAAGGAUCAGAGUUUCCAUCAUAAAAUAAUCCCUUCCAUAACAUAUCUAUUAUUCCAUCUUAGUAUAUAACUGGUUGUAGCCCAUUCAUCAUCUUUUCCGUUCGUUUUUUUCAUUCUCUCAUUCUUCUUCUACAAAUUAUUAUGUAAGUCUUAAAUUCUUAGUCAAGUGUUGAAUUUUGUUAAAAUUAAAAAUUACAAACCCCAUUAUUAAAA